AUGUUGAAGAAAUCACUCCGACAAUACAUAUUUAAACAAUAUAGAAGUAACUAAGGAACUCUAAAAUUAAUUAAUAGUUAAAUUGCAUUACAAAUGUCGUAUAUAUAUUACAUGAGAUAAAUCUAUUUCAUACUGUGGCAAAUAUGUUCUUAUAAUAUAAACACUUGUGUAAUUGAAAUAUCUUCAGUGCUGAUACGGCCGUACAGAUACUUCUUAUCAACAGGACGUAUGCAAAUGUGUAUCCAGUUCCUAAAGGAUGGAGACGUGCCGACUCUAUAAACUGUCGCUCUAUUUCGGUCAUCUCUAUAACUUACAAGAUUAUGUAGCGUAUAUUGAAGAAAAAAUUCCUAAUGUAUCUUAAAGCCAAUGAUCUUUUCAGCGGUCGUUAUAUGGAUCGUUAAUAUGGAUUUCGCAAAAAUCGGUCGACUGGAGGUCUUCUUUUGUAUCUACUUCACUCACAUUUGAAGCAAGACAUUCGAGAACCAUAACUGGAGCAAGACUAAUUUCAUUGAAUUCAAUGCCUCUAGAACAGAGGACCACAAACUACAAAUUAAACACAGCGCACCCAACCGGAUAAUUGCGAUGGCCGUUUUAAUAUUCUGUAUAUUUUUUCUACUCAUGCACUCAGUUAAAAGUGAAAAGUUGAAAUGUGACGAUAGAAACUUUACAGACAGUAUGGGUGCAAAUAUAAGCGGAGAUUAUUGUAAAGAGAAACCGUGCAUACUGACGAGAACACGAGGGUUCUGUGUUAAAGUGAUAUCAAAAAAAUCGGUAAAAUGUGCAAAUUUCACAUCGCUCCUUGCUAAUACGACCGACAGCGAAUUGUUGCGAUAUCAAUAUGUCUACAGAUACAAUUAUACAACAGAUGUAAUUGAAAAAAGCAACAAAACCUUUCCAGAAAGUUUCCAUUUAUUGCGACACAAGAACUCGAACAUAACCCGAAAUUGUUUUACGGAUUCCACGGUGAUGGAUUAUCAAAAUUUUAUUCCAUAUAUCCUAGAGAAUGGUUCCUUAUUGCUAGAGACUCCAAAUUUAGGACAACGGUUUCAACUUAUUCGCAACUAUAAAUAUAUACUUAUGUUUUUCAUAAAGGAUGACAAAAAGUACGCAUCUGUUCAAUUUAUUAAAGAAGAGCUCAGUACUAUAAAUGAUAGAAAAACUGUUUUAAUUGCUAUAGGUAUGUUAACAUCGAGUUUCUUCAUGAUAUUGGUGAUUGUCGUAUACGGGAUGUUAAAAGAGCUACAAUGUUUUUUCGGCAUGAUUCUUAUAGCAUAUAUGGCUACUUUUUCCGCAGCAUUCCUAUUGCAGGCAGUCCAAUCGCUGGGAUUGUGGAUGGGAGUUAUAAAUACCACUGCCUGCUCUGUUCUGGGUCCAUUAGUCAACUUUUGUACAAUGAGCAGUUUUAUGUGGAUGAACGCAAUAUCUUUUGCUAUUUGGAGAAGAUUCAGAGGUACUGAGUACAACCAUAAGUUAAGUCGUCGUGAGAUGUGGCACAAGUUUUUGUUCUACGGCCUGUACGCUUGGCUUAUCACCGCCAUCUUGGUGCUGAUCGAAGUGAUAAUAAACCGCAUAGACCUGAAGCACCUACCGAACUUUAUAAAACCCUCGUUUGAGACUUGUAUGUACAAUCCCAAGAGUAAAUUGCUUUACUUGUUGGUGCCAAUCUUGGUGAUAUUAAUAAUCAACACGGUACUGUUUUGUUUGACCACUUUUAAUAUGUGGCUCGUGAGAAAAGAGUUAUCACGAUUUAACAGUAAAGAGACGAAGAACACCAAAAGGAAUGAGAACAGGUUCGUGCUGCACUUGAAGUUGAGUAUGGUGAUGGGCGUAAACUGGAUCUUUGAAGUACUAGGAGCCCAGAACCUCCUGCCACAGUGGUUGGAGAAUGUGGCAGAUGUAUAUAAUGUACUUACUGGUGUUUUUAUUUUCUUUGUUUUCAUCUUGAAGAGCAAUAUAAUCUUGAAAAUUUGCAAACGGUUCAAUGUCAACAAUCGAUUUACCAAACAUUUAGAGAAGAGAGUGAAGAGUACAGCUCAAAGAAACACGUCGACCAGCCACUCCACCAUUAGCGGAACUGGUGAACAGUAUGUGGACAUGUUACCAAUGAGAUCUUAAUCUUAUUGUAAACGUAAUCAAGUUUAAAAUUAUUAUAUGCAAAUAUAAACAAUAAACAAAUAAAGCACUAACCAUAAUUACUAAAUAACGUAAAAAGUAAAUUUCUUUACACAUAAUUAUUAAAUAGGUACACUAUUUUCUCUUAAAGUAUAAAUUAUACCAUUGUGAAAGGAUAAUACCUAUCUACGGCCUUUUUAACCCUAAUCUUAUUUAUACAUUUUAUUUAUACAUUAAGUUUUUAAAAUACUACGACAUUUCAAAUAAGAUGGCCAGACAAACUCUGGUCAUCUAUAUAGAUAAACGAGGAAGUACACAAUAUAAACUCCAAAAGGUGUGGCGGGAAUAAAACAAAAUAAAUUUCGAUUAUUAUGUUUUGGAAUGUAAUUACAUAAAUUAAAGGAAAUAAAUAAACAAAAUUACACAUUUUGAACGAAAACAAAUAUAAUUUUGAAUUUCUAGAGCUAAACAUUGACUAGCUCUUGAAAUUCAUUAUUAUAAUAGAACCAUUAUAUUUGUUUCCUAUAAGAAUUGAUAGAAAAAAUAAUAUGUAGCCUAAAUAAAAUUCUGAAUGCACAGGAAUUGAGAUUAAAAUAUUAAUGGAAAUUUAUUAAAAUGAAAUUAAAAUUAAAAUAUUAAUGAGAUUAAAAUAAGUUAAAAUUUGUAAAAAUACGUUUGUUACUCGUUUAUGCAAUGGUUGGACGGGUUUAAUUUGUAAUUAAGUAUAUGGUUAGGUUAUAUUUUAACAUUUUAUAUUUAAGUAAAAUGUUUAAAUAUAAAAUAUAACAUGUGAUACUUUAUAUACUAAUUUUAAUCUUUUACAUAUUUUUUAUAAAGAAUUUGUAUGUACAUCUUAAUUAAACUUUUUUAUAUUUAGAUAAAUUCUAUGUAGUGUAUUAAAUUAUAUUUGUGCAAAAUCACAGCUAGUCAGUAAUUGGUAAAUAAAAAUCUUUUCUAAUAUACGGUGAUUGCACAAAAUUAAAUUGUCUCACAAAAAUAAAAAUAAAAAAUAUAUGUCAUAAGUGUAUUAACAAUUUGUUAUUCCUUAUAUUGAUAGGUGCUUCGAAUACAUUAUUUUUUAAAUUCCCCUUUUUAUUUUUACGAUCUGACGGGCAUACAGCCCAUUUUCCAUCUUGUUUGCCAUCUUAAUAUAAAAAAUAAAUAUUUAAUGAAAAGUUUUUAUUAAAAUAUAGUUUCAUUAUUAAGCA